AUGAGUGAAAUCGACUUGGGAAUCACUGCUGACAUGCACGUCCAUCUUCGUGAUGGUUCGAUGUCAAAAUUAAUAACUCCAACUGUUAGACAAGGUGGAAUUGCCAUUUGUUAUGUCAUGCCAAAUUUAGUACCACCAAUUACUACAAAACAACAGGUUGUUGAUUAUAAACAUCAAUUAGAAAAAUUAUCACCUAAAACAACUUAUUUGAUGUCAUUUUAUCUUUCAAAAGAAUUAACUCCUGAACUAAUUGAAGAAUGUGCGAAAGAAGGUUUAAUCCAUGGUAUUAAAUGUUAUCCUGCUGGUGUUACAACUAAUUCAAAAUAUGGUGUCGAUCCAAAUGAUUUCACGUCAUUUUAUCCAUUAUUUGAAGUCAUGCAAAAACAUAAACUUAUUUUAAAUAUUCAUGGAGAAAAACCAUCAACUGAAAAAGAAAAUGAUAUUAAUGUCAUAAAUGCAGAACCAAGAUUCUUACCGGCUUUAAAGAAAUUACAUCAAGAUUUCCCAAAAUUAAAAAUCGUCUUGGAACAUUGUACUACUAAAUCUGCAGUUGAUUUAGUUAGAGAAAUUAAUUCAAAUCACAAAUCAGGAGAUGAAAUCUACGUUGGAGCUACUAUUACUGUUCAUCAUAUGUAUUUGAUUAUUGAUAAUUGGGCCGGAAAUCCAAUUAAUUUCUGUAAACCAGUGGCAAAAUUCCAAGAAGAUAGAGAUGCUCUUGUAGAUGCAGCAACUAGUGGAGAACCAUGGUUCUUUUUUGGAUCAGAUUCUGCCCCUCAUCCAAUCGAAACUAAACAAAGACAUGUCGGUGUAUGUGCUGGUGUAUAUACCCAAAGUCAUGCUAUUGCUUAUGUUGCCGAAAUCUUUGAUAAAGUUGGCAAAUUGGAUAAUUUGAAGAAAUUUGUAAGUGAACAUGGUAUUAGUUUCUAUGGAUUAGGUGAUGAUGUUUUGGCUAAACAUAAGGGAGAAUCUACUUGGUUAGUUGAACGUGAAAAUAAAGUACCUGAAGUAUUUGCCAAUUCAGAUGUAUCUGUUGUACCAUUUAAAGCUGGCGAUGUAUUAAAAUAUGCCGUUGAAUGGAGAUAG